AACAUGCAAGCGGUGGUGAUGAGACUCCGCCUAUUCCUGAAGAAGAACUUGAGCAACAGAAAAUUGAACACGAACGCCAAAUGCAAAAGGAAAAAGAAACACAGGCCAGAGAAGCAGAAGAAGAUAGGCAACUGGAUAUAGAACUUCUACACCAGCGUGCCAUAGAGGCUGAAGAAGAAUACAAGCGAUCCGAGAUUGAGGCAAUAGAAGAACUUCGUGGCAUGAACACAUCAUGGUCACACCAUCGGCUGAGUGACCUGCAGCGCCAAGCAGCUCGAUUCCGACAAAGUCGGCCUUCCAUUCCGGACACCACCAAACAUUACCGGAGCGUUCUAAAGAAAGCAUGCAGCGCUCAACUGACGAAGCCACAGUCUAGUCAAAGCAUUAGUGAGAGUGAUGGCAUCUUCAUCAACCUCUCGAGACUCGGAUCCUGCAGGGACGAAUCUAUAGACAGUGAUGGCUGCUGUGAGGAUGCAGUUUGUAUCGCCGACCCUCGUUCUUGGCGCGCUUCAGACAUUGAUGUCAGCCCCCAUCCGCGUAUAUCCCUUGUGAGAGCACCUUCUUGCCCUGGAUGUCGCGCUCCAAUCGCAUCUCUGGAUUGUAUGGACGAUUUUAGUGCGAACUCGCAGCAGAUGUUAGAUCAAGCUGGCGAGAUGAACGUGUCAAGGCAUAUGUCUGUCUACAUGGGCAACCACACAACCUUGACUUCCAAUGUUACUCCUGGUCUUCGCUACAAGAACCUUGGCAAGUCGGGUUUGCGGGUGCCCAACAUUGGGCUUGGCAUGUGGACCUUGGUCAACGAGGACUCUGCAGAAGAUGUUAUCAUGACGGCUAUAGAGAACGGCAUCAACUUGUUUGAUCUGUCAGAGGCACAUUGCGCUAAAGGCGAAGCAGAACUCGGAAGGAUUCUGAAGAAACGUAAUGUGAGAAGGACUAGUAUCAUAAUUACAACUAAAAUAUACUGGAGCACUAAGUUUGGUAAUACUAAUAACAGGUCGGAUGAGAGAGGGCUCUCCCGCAAACACAUUGUGGAGAGUGUGAAAGCGUCACUCGCGCGGCUGCAGAUGGAUUAUAUUGACGUAGUGCUCCUGCACAAGGUCGACCCUGUCUGCCCCAUGGAAGAGUUGGUCCGCGCUAUGAACUUCGUUAUUAAUCAAGGAUGGGUCAUGUACUGGGGCACGGCUCGUUGGACUCCAUCUGAGAUUAUGGACGCGUAUACUAAUUGCAGGCAGUUUAACUGCAUAACGCCUAUCGUGGAACAAACAGAAUACCACAUGUUUUGCAGAGAGAAGCCAGAGCUUUAUAUGCCUGAACUGUACCACAAGAUCGGAGUAGGUAUGAUGGCGUGGUCAGCCAUCACCACAGGCAAGGGUCUAGGCCGUGAGGAGAUCACUGGCCUCUUCGCCAAGUCACGCUUCAACAGGAAAUACAGCACUUUCAGCUGGUGCGAGGAAGAGUUGGCUGUACCCGAGCAGAUACCUAGCUCCGGUAGCAAGGAUCAGGUGACCGGAGAGGAGCCUCGCACAUACGGCGACAAGUUGCGUGAUUUGGCCAACCUCGCGAAUACGCUAAAUUGCUCAAUGAGCCAACUGGCGGUGGCCUGGUGCUUAAAGAAUGAUUCUGUAAACUGCCUUUUGUUGGGUGCAAGCAGCGUUGAGCAGUUUAAAGAAAAUAUUCACGCUUUGCAGAUCGUGCCCCAACUGACACCGUCAGUGAUGCUCGAGAUCGAGCGCCUGCUGGCCAACAAGCCGCAGCGGCCGCCUAUGGUCUCCACGCUCGCCAUGCGCAACCAACAGAACACCGUGAGAAUUGACAUGCCAGGCGCUACCUCGUCCGGUGCAGGAUCACCAAAGCCGGAGGGCGAAGGCGCCGCCGCCGACGGUGAGAUUUCUACCCCCGGUAAGGAGUCCGGGCGGGGCUUUUGUGAGAUUCAGUGACCGUGGUGGCGCGGAAGCACUGACUCUGCUUCCAAAUCUAGUAAAUCGAAGGAAUCACUUAAGGAAUCCAAACCAAAAUUCUUCUUGAACAACGCUGGUGAAGUUAUCAAACGUACUGAACAAGAUGGAGUAUCCACAGACGUGGUAGUGUCGGUGUCCUCACUGAAAGGCAAACAGCCCGCUACUGGAGGAAGCAAGGUGAAGAAGUCCAAAUCGGAAACGGCGCGUCCACGAUCGUCGUCGUUACAGCGCUCCUCUUCGGGCCAGCUGUCCAUCGGGAUCGGCAGGGACCGCAGGCGUUCCCGCCUUGACCUCGCCUCCCCUGCAGACCUAUAAAAAAAACCCUGGAAUUACGUACGUAACACGAUCGACUUUAUACAACCAUACGACCGAAACGUUAAACAAGAUUCAGAUAGCUAAGUAAUUCAUAUUACGAAGCCGCAAGAAAGGUUCAUAUAUUUUUUUGUAACUUUCUCUUUAAGAGUCUGUACUACCUAAAAUGGCUUUGGUUGAUUCCGCAUAACAGUGAAAGUGUUGAAUAAAUCACUAUGGAAAAAAUAUAUAGUAAAAUUGAUGAUAUACACUGAUUAUUAUACGGUGUG